AUGCCAAGGAAGAAGAGACAGAACGAUGAGAACAGCGGUGGUGAACGGAUUAUUUUCCUUGGAGCAUCGUCCGACAAGAGCUCGAGCGCAUCAUAUCCUGGGAACACCAUCUCCACCUCGAAGUACAGAUGGUGGUCAUUUCUUCCGCUGGUGACCUUCGAGCAGUUCCAGAAGCGAGCCAACUUGUAUUUUACAUUUAUCACACUUUUGAUGUAUGUGGGUGAGCACAGUACGUUCAUUGACUCAACCGUCUCAUGGUGGUCAACGGCAGCAGUUCUAAUUCCGAUGAUGGGCUUGAGUAUGAUCAUCUCCGGAUUGGAUGACUUGCGGCGGCACCAGUCGGAUCGUCAGAUAAAUUCGCAGCAAGCCAGAGUCAUCCGACUGGGUGGGAAAUACGGAGUUUAUCUGGACACCGUUCUGUGGAAGAACAUCCAUGUUGGGGAUGUCAUCGUGCUGAAGAGUGAUGAAGAGCUUCCAGCUGACAUCGUCCCAUUGGCGUGUUCUGGCAGUGACGGCCAGUGUUAUGUGUCGACCGCAAACCUUGAUGGUGAGACCAAUCUGAAGAUCAAGGCUUGUGCCACCGAAGCCCAGGCCUUUCUGUGUGAGGGCCAUGCCCAUGGACCCCCUCUGUUGGAUCAGGCCGUGGAGAAGCUGGCCGUGUUGGAUGCCGCCCUUAGCGUCGAGGCACCGAGCAAGUCCAUCACUAAGUUCUCCGGAUCCUUGAAGAUCAAUCAUGGCGGUGUUCAGUCUACUUCCUCCCUGUCUGCCAGCAAUUUGCUUCUGCGGGGCACCCGACUGCGCAACACGGCCUGGCUCUUUGGCUCUGUCGUCUACACGGGACCGCAUACAAGGAUGGUGAUGAAUUCUCGUGACAUCCCCACGAAGAUGGCGAAUUUGGAGCGGGUUGUCAACAGGGCGAUGCUGGUGGUCUUGGGUGCACAAGCUCUGUUGUCCAGUCUCAGUUCCAUUCUCUACGUCUCCACCGAGUAUCGGUUUCGGACGUCUUGGUAUCUGUAUCCCUCCGGAACCUGGGUGACAGAAGGGGUUGCUUCUCGAUUUGUGGCGAACUGGUUCAAGUUUUUCAUUCUGUAUUCGAAUCUGAUGCCCAUUUCACUGUAUGCAACUAUGGAGAUCUGCAACUACGCACAAGCAUUCUUCGUAAAGAGCGACCUCUUGAUGUACGACGAGGAGCAGGAUUGUCCUGCGGCUGUUCGGUCAACGAACCUGUGCCACGAACUUGGACAAAUUUCCUACAUUUUUUCAGAUAAGACGGGGACGCUGACGCAGAACGUGAUGGAGCUUAAGCGUGUUUCGAUUUCGGGCCAGGUGUUUGGCGAGGUAACAGAAGAGCCAGGCUUCUCAGAUGUUGCUGGCGUUCACACCUGGCGGCAGAUGGGCAAUCAGAAGCACGUCGACGCAUUUCUGGAGAUCCUAGCAGUCGCACACACUGUCAUGGUGACGACCGACAGGAAGGGCAGCGAGUGCUACGAAGCGGAAAGUCCAGACGAAGGUGCACUGGUUGAAGGCGCCAAGCAGAUGGGAUGGCACUACUGCAGUCGCACCGCAGAUGCCCUCGUGAUAGACAUGCACCACCAGUCGCAGACAUACAAGAUCUUGGGUGUCAAUACCUUCAAUUCCACGAGGAAGCGCAUGUCCUCUUUGGUUCGAACGGCCAGCGGAGAGACCUGGCUUCUGGUGAAAGGUGCCGACAAUGUGAUGAUGGACAGGGCGGAGCAUGUCCCAGCCUGGCUAACGCAGAGCUUGACGAGCUUUUCACUCAGUGGUUUGCGGACCUUGGUUCUGGGACGCCGACGCUUGGAGCCGAGCGAGGUCCAAGCCUGGCUCCAGACCUACGAUGCAGCGCAGUGCGCCCUCGAGGAUCGAGAUGCAAAACUGGAGGCGGCCGCUGAGCAGAUUGAAGUGAAGCUUCAGAUGGUCGGAGUUACGGGCAUUGAAGACAAGCUCCAGGUUGGCGUUCCAGACACCAUUACGAAGCUGAGGGAAGCAGGCAUUCAGCUUUGGGUUCUGACCGGUGACAAGCUGGAGACUGCGAGAAACAUCGGGUUCAGCACCAAUCUUCUCAGUGCCAACAUGGACAUCCGGGUCUUGGAGCAGUCUGAGAAUGUCAGGCAUGCCUUGCAGGAGCUUGCUUCCACAGCCCUGAUGCCGGAUGAGGGUGGAGAUUCCGCGCUGAUGGUGACGGGCGCAGCCCUGGAACAGGUCACAUCAGUUGGUCUUCUGGAGGAGUUUCUUCAGGCGUCGAGUGUCUGCAGCGUGGUGAUUGCCUGCCGCGUUUCUCCACUUCAGAAGGCUCAGCUUGUGCGCUUGGUGCGCGAAUCAUCAGAUCCGCAACCGGUCACGCUAGCAAUUGGCGACGGUGCCAACGACGUUCCCAUGAUCCAAGAGGCUCACGUCGGCGUGGGCGUGUCUGGUAAGGAAGGGCGUCAAGCUGUGAACGCAUCCGACUUCGCGAUUGCUCAGUUCAGAUUCUUGGAGAGGCUGCUUCUAGUUCAUGGUCGCUGGGACUACCGCCGAACCUGCAAGUUCAUCUUGUACACAUUUUGGAGAAAUGCAAUCAUCACCAUGUUGCUGUUUUACUACACGUUCUUCUCCGGAUAUUCUGGCACCUGUAUGUUCACGAGUACUGUCUGGACAUCCUUCAGCAUGAUCCUUUUCUGGCCGAUCAUUGCAACCGGUAUCUCUGACAGAGAUGUGACGGCCAAGCAGGCAGUGGAGCACCCGUCGCUGUAUGAAACCGGUCGCCUAGGUCUCGACUUGAACAUAACGAAGAUGGUGGAAAUGUUGCUCUCGGCUUUUGUUCAUUCCUUUGUUAUCAUGACCAUUGCAGUUGUGGCUGUAAUGGACCUCGAUGUGGCAGCGACUGGGUCCUAUUACUCCUUCGGGUUCAUGGUGUUCUCCUGGGUCGUGUUGACGAUGAACUAUCGGGCCACCUUCAUCACCACCACGUACAACUUUGUGUUUCUUGCUGCUCUUGCAGUGUCUUUCCUCACAUACCUGCUCUUCGCCUGCGUGUACUGCAGCCUACCGUCCAUGUUUCCGGAAGUGUAUGGAACUUUCCAGCACGUGGUUCGGAAUCCGGUCUUCUGGAUGGGAAGUCUCGCAGUACCGCUGCUUGCCGUGAUGAUCGAUAUGUUCAAGGCAUACUUGAUGCUGGAGUUUUUUCCGGAUCAGCGCGACCUGAUCCUCGAGCAAAGUUUACAGGGAAAGCUGUCAGAUUACUUCCGCGACACGAAGCAGGAUCCGCUUCGGCGGGGUAGUCGAACUUCCUCGUUCGACAGGAGCGCGACCUGGCACACGGGGGAGGUGUCGGCGAUCUCGUCUAGCUAUGCUUUCAGCUUCCCGGAAGGCCAGCGUGUGCAGUCCCUGGGGUCACUUCCGCGAUUGCAGAGAGACUCUGAUACAACGCUGCUCGACAAUUUGGCAUCGGGACGGCCGUCCCCAAGGCCAUCGCCGAGCUUCACCACCAUCGCAUCUUCCGACUCCGACUCGGUGGGAACCUCCACAGGCACUGGUAGCAGCGCCGCCGAGCCGAAGCUUCAGAAGCCAAGAUCGAACAACUUUUCUCAGCAGACCAUGCCUUCGGUGCAGUUUGCUCUGAAUCGCAAGGUUGUCCUCGCGGCGCUCAUUUCUUCCGGUGUCCUCUUCGUAUUGAUGGGUUUCGCGACACUGCUCUAUUCCCUCAGCUCCUCGCAGUUCAGAGUCGUGUACGAAGCACCAGAUGAUUGGUACGUCGGUGCUGGGGGGAGCAUUCGGUCCUACAGCGGCGAAAUACUGAUCCGCCCCUGCCACGAACCUCAACGCUGCGCCUUUCCCAUCACUGUUCCUGCUGACUUGGAUCCGCCAAUCCAGGUGUACUACGAGGUGACACCGUUCCUACAAAACUACUACACCUACAUUAGCUCCGUUGCGUGGCAACAGCUUGAGGGGAAGAAGGACGUAAAGGCUCCUGUCGUAUGCGAAACUCGUACCCGUCAGACGCAGCAGGGAGAAGAGAUUUUUCCCUGCGGGCUUAUCGCGACCUCCGUGUUUAACGACACGUUCGAGAUUGAGGACAUCCCCAUUGAUACGGAGUCAUCAGACAUGCCUGUCUGGCGCGAGUUCGACAAUCCACCAGACUAUCCAGAGCGGUCCAACGUCUCUUGGCUCUACGAGCGAUACCCGACGGUGACGAGCCGUGCCCUGGGGAUUCAAAGCAAGCGCUUCAUUGCAUGGAUGCUGCCCAACUUCCUCAACCGCGCCGGGAAGCCCUACGGCGUUGUAUCGCAGCCCUUGAAGAAAGGGCAGCUCAUUACCUUGCACAUCACUUCCACAUUCCGAGUGCAGGCUUUGGGAGCCACAAAAACGUUGCUGCUAACACGAGGAGCUCAAAAUUACACGCUCGCCUACAUUCUGCUGACCAGCGGAGCUCUCUGCUUUGCGUUGGUCGCCACGGUUAUCGCCGUCUACCUGUCAUGCGGCCGCCAGCCAGGGAAGCCGCGGCAAGGGCUUUCAGGCUUCUCCGCCAACUGGAGACACGGCCCAGAGUUUGACAGCACGAGCAGCGAAGAGGAGUCGCGAAAGUACGGGAUUCCUCGCUUUGAUGGCAGCCUCAACUUGUUGCAAGAGUACUCCUAUAGGGUCAGGCUUCGUGUGAAAAAGGAGAAGGAGAUGGACCCGACGGAGGUGCAGAAGUUGGGGCCUUUGGGCCUCCGACUCGUCGAGGGCCUUAGAGGCCCGGCGCUUCACAUAGUAAAGGCUGUCAAGGAGGAGACCCUCACCAGCGACAAGGGACCAGAGGCCAUUCUGCAAGCUUUGGUUGGAGCCUUGAGACCGAGGCGACAGCAAGAAGCAAGGGAACUUUAUAUGGCCGGUUCCCGUGAACACGGCAUUCUCAGCAGGCAAUACUCUGAGCCUAUGAGUACCUAUAUCCUCCGGAGGAGGACAUGGUACGCUAUGCUCACCGACCUCGACAGCGAGAUCAAGCUGCCAGAUUUGCUGCUGGCUGAACAGAUAUUGGUGAACGCCGGGGUGACCGAGGAGCAUCAACUCAUGAUAAGGACAAGCCUCGGGCAAAUCAUCACCGUGGACGGCGUCUGCAACGAGCUGAUCAACCAGCACGGCAGCCUGCACCUGCGUGAGAAAAGAGGGCCGCCUUCCUGGAAGCGCUCCGGAGGCAAAGGCCAGCAGCCGUGGAAAGGAAAGUGGAAAGGCAGCAGCCACAGCUACUAUGCCGACAGCACCGCCGAGGAGAACUGGUAUGGACAAUACGCCGAUGCGGCGGGCGAUGCUUACCUGAGCUAUGGAGAUGCUGGCUGGGACUCGCACAGCCAGAGCCUUGGAGGAUAUGAGGAUGAAAUUUCUUCGGGCUACUAUGGAGCCGAAGCCGCGAGCCUGGACCACGAGUACGAGGAGGCUGAGGACCCCGCGCUGUUCGUCUUCUCUGCCAUGGUGAACGAAGGCCUGGACGAGACAGGGGACCAGGAGUCUGCCGAGUACGCGGCGGAGAUCAUCCAGGCCGAGGCCGAGGUGUACUUUGCCAGACAGAGGGCCCAGCAGAAAGGGCACUCAGGGUUUGGGCCGAAGCGCUAUGAGGUGCGAGGGCAGCUCUCCUUGGAGGAGCGCAAGGCGCGAGUCACCGCGCUGAAGAGCAGGCACCGGAAAAGGCAAGCGCUCACCCUCUUCGGCUUCUACUUCUUCGACCAAAGGUUACAUGGCAAGUCGGGGCGACUUUUCUCAGGUGCCGCCCCCGACCGAACUGGACGCACCCGAGCAGCGGCCGAGCUUGCCGAGGAUUUCGCUGGACGGUGUGGCCCCGACGUCUCUGAGUUCUUUGCUGAACUGGUCUGCCCGGGGUGGGCCGGAGAUGGCUUCUCGCUCUUCGGGAUCCCCCUCUCCUUUGACGAGGCCACAGCCGGCGCCUACGGAGGCCACGUCUUCCUCGACGACUGGGACCAAGAGAUGCUGUUCGCCGCCCUGAGGGAGAACAGCGAUGUGGUCAUGGACCAGCUGAUUGCCCUGGCCCAGGCGCAAGGCGGAGAGCAAACAGCGGGGCCGAUGGCGGUUGAGGACCUACCUCUUGGACCAGAGUGCGAGCUGCGGGCUGUACCGGUGACUGGGGCCUACGACCUUCCGUUGCUCCGGCCUUUGUGCGCUGAAGGUGCGCCUGAGGACCCGCUUCCGGCCUGCCGCCACGAGCGGACCACCACGAAGGGCACGAACAAGUACUACUACAUGAAGUCCUGUGUUAGGUGCGGUUUUGUCUUGGAACGGGUCAAGAAAGACGUCGUGGGGAACCCGCCGGCGGCUAGAUCUUCGCUGCAGGCCGACCAAGAGAAGUGCCCGCACAAGAGCGUCACCCAUGCUGGCACCAACCACCACGUCUGGAAAUGGUACUGCAAGGACUGCGGGCUACGACGGCAAGGGAGACAGAAUGAAAGCACAGCCGCUGCCAUGGGACACGGAGCUCUUGGGUCUAAGAACAUGGAAGGCCCCGACACCGCGGCGGUGAAGGUUCUGGAGAUGGCCGGCACUGUGGUGAUGGUGCAGGAGAGCGGCGGUGUUCCGGCGCCCUUGGACAAGCUGCCGGGGAUCGUCGCGAAGUGUGCCCAGAUCUACCGGACAAGGCACCCAGCAGAAGCAGCACCACAGCCAGUGCCCGUCUCGGCGACUGGUCCUCCAACGGUGUCUUCAGCUGCAGCCGGGACGGCUGCCGAGCAGAAUUCCUCUGAUGUGGGGAUAGUUGGCACGGCCCGACUGGAGUCGGGCAAGCACAAGGGCAAAACAUAUGCUGCGGUGUAUGCCGAAUAUCCUGAUUACGUUGCCUGGCCGAAAAUGCACCGACAGCGCUCCCUACAAGCCAACAUGGCUGUGAACGAGGACUUUGUCAGCGGGAACACCCCGAUCACCGGGGACAUUGUCAGCGAGAACGCCCCGAUCACCGAGGACAUUGUCAGCGAGAACGCCCUGAUCGCCGUGCUUGAUACCGGGUGUAAUCAAACAUGCCAUGGGUCGGAGUGGAUGCGGCAGUACCUCAAGGCCACCGGGCAAAGUUACGAGCCGCUUGCGUACACUACGGCUUCGAGUCUCAAUGGCAUAGGGGGAAAGGUCAAAGCUGUCGGCAAGCGAACCCUCAACAUUGCGAUUGGGCUCGCCGACGGCACCAUGGCGACAGGCACAGUGCAAAGCACCGAGUUGGAGGGCUCCACCGCGCCUUUGUUGCUGAGCUACGGUGCCCAGAGACAGCUUGGCUUUGUUUUGGACAUCGAGGCCGGCACCGCCUACAGCAAGGUCUUUCAGCAGCACGUCGAGCUCAUCGACCGCGACGGGCUUCCUGCUCUACGGCUUCUCCCCCUUCUUCCGGGAGAUGAACCAGAAGGUUUUGCAAUGAUUGCGGAGGCCGGCGCGUGUGCCUCAACUCUUCCGGGCUCUGUGGUGCCGAUGGAAGAUGACGACGACCACUGGCAACAGCAGGGAGACACCUGGGUCAGAGUCCAUGUUCGCCCCCGGCUUCACCUUUAUGAUCCUCGCCGGGAACCCAGCAACGAGCUAGAUAUCGAAGCCGAGGUGGACCAGCUCUGGUUUCGCAAGACCGUGACCUACAGUGUCGCCACCGGAGAGCGGGCUGAGUUUCGAGACAGCUGGCACCGAAGCGGACAUGCCGAGAACGACGUGUCUGAGGAGACGGGCGGAGAAUGGACCGGCUACACCGUCUUCUUUCGUGACGCUGCCCAUUGCCAGCAAGAGACCCAAACGGCCUUAGCCGAUGAACCUGCGAGCUUUGGGUUUGUGGCCUUUGACGAGGAGAAGCCCGCCACGCUCAACAAGGGACAACGCCGGCACCUUCAAGACGGCAGUGAAGGAAUGAAGCGCCAUGAUGCAACCCUUUGGGCCCAACUUGAUCCACGACCAUCUCAUCGGGCCCGGGCUUGCCGACGACUACUUCCAAAGGGGUGCGGAACCAUGCUGCUAGAACUGUUUGCCGGUGCUGCUGCCCUGACCACCAUGGCCUCUUCGCUUGGGAUUCCUCACGAGGCGCCCAUUGACUUGAUGAACCACGAGCUCCUGAACUCAGCCGGGCGGCAGCAACUUUGGGAAAGCAUUCAGCAUCAAGAUCCCUACCUCCUGACGGUCUCUUCUACCAAGGCACCCUGGGCACAAUGGAGCGAGAGAGACCUUGAGCCGGGGAGCCCGAGAAGCCACCGCACCACGGCCGAAAGGAGGCUCUGGUACCCGGUCAUCAGUUGGAUGAUGGAUCUUGUGAAAGACCGCCUUCUACGUGGACGUGAAGUUUUGGUAGAAGCCCCGUGGUACAGCCUAUUUUGGCAACUUCGCUGUGUGGACCAAGCUGGCUCUGCCGUGGAUGUGAAGGAGGGCACCGGCACCAUUCUGGAGCUUCAGGAGUUGAACUGUUCUGUGGUCUUCGCCGUGGAAGCAGAAGCGGAGGAGCACGAGGAGUUUGGCCCGAUCGAUGGUGUACAUGGUGAACAAGACGUCGGGGAACAGCUGCCACCGCCACUGGAUCAUCAAGAAAUGGGCCGGGAAGAGCGACUUGAAGAACUACCACCGCCUCAGGCCCAGCCUGAACUUGAGAAAGUUCGCAAGCAAAAGUGGCUGGCACUGGACCGCAACAAGAGGCUGGCAAUUCGCCGGCUCCACCACAUGACGGGCCACGCCUCUGUGAGCUCUAUGGUGCGGAUGCUCCGUUCGGCCGGGACCUCGGCCGAGGUUGUGGCUGCUUGUCGUCAUUUUCGGUGUCAAGCUUGUGCCGACCGACAGCAACCGUCGCAGCCAUCAUCGACCACCACGGCGCCACCUUAUCGCUUCAACCACCAGAUUAUCUGUGAUGCCUUUGAGGUUGUGGACGCAGCCGGGAGCAAGCACACCAUACUCAGUUUGGUGGACAGCGGGACCAAGUUCCACGUUGCAGGUCGAGCGUGCACAACCAGGGGCAAGUGGCCUCCCUUAUGCGGGCCCACGGGAUCGAGAGCAGCCCGACAAUCCCCGUGGCAAAUUGGACGCGGAGAACGCCACGGAGGAAUACUAAAGGCCAUGGUCAAGAGGCUGAUCACCGCUCACCAGUUGGCCGGGGACUUUGCAAUCUCCUGUGCGGUGACCCAGAGCGCGGCCGUGAAGAAUGCCAUGUACAACCAUGAUGGCUAUGUACCGGCCCAAUGGGUUCUGGCCAGAAUCCCGCAUGACGUCACUUCCUUGCUUGGAGAAAACGGCUCGGAGGCACUUGGGCCACAACAAGAGGUGCACGAGCCGGAGACCGUUUUUGGUCAAACCAUGCAAAUGCGGCAGUGGGCCAAGGAGUGCUUCGUCUACCUGGACAGCAGCCAGAGGAUUCGACGGGCCAUGCUUCGACAAGCUCAUCCUCUAAGAGGGCCUUACCAGACGGGAGAUUUAGUCUCCUACUUCCGCCGUGGACGAUGGUACGGCCCAGCGCGCGUGCUAUCCCAUGAAGGGAAGAGCUCUCUUUGGCUGGUCCAUGGUGGCAUGACCCUGCUUGUUGCCGAGACAGCUCUGAGGCCUGCCACCACGGAGGAGAUACAACGGAAGCAGGCUCUGGCUCUACGACCGACAUGGAACCGCACGCCGGCCAAGCGCAAGUACGAGGACUUUCUUGAGGGCUUGGAGGAACUGCCGUUCGAGGAGCAGACUGCUGACUUUGACGGGCCGGACCAACUUCCCUUCUUCGACUUCUCUCAGGCAGCAGGGCCUACAGCUGAACAGCCGGCUGAAGCAGCCCCACCAGAAGUGGAGGAGGUCAGGGCCGAGGACGGUCCCACAAGACAAGUCACACAACCGGAACAGGAGCCACUCGAGGAAGCUGAGAUGAGGACCCCAGGGGCGACACCACCAACGGAAAGUCCACAGACAUCUUCUACAUCGGGGGGCCCACGUCAAGAAGGCAUGGAUGCAGCUAACAGUGGUGAGCCACCAGCGGCGACACCACCGACGGAAAGUCAACAGACAUCUUCUACAUCGGGGGGUACAUCUAUGACGCCUUUGCAGGAGGCUAUGCAUCGUUCAGUAGAUCGGGUCGAUGGUCACACAAGAUCUCGUUCGCCUUCGGUGUUUACAAGAGAUGCCGCUGGACCUGGUAGGGCACCACCUGGGCUUAUGGCAGUGUCCUUUCCUGAGCAAAGGAAUGAACUCCAGGAGCACGCGGAACAGCAGAACAGGAACAAGGCCAAGAACAUCCUUGCCUUCCUUGGCACCCGUGUCGAGAAGCGCUAUCGCAAGAAGACCGUGAAACAAGGCGCGGGCAGAGAGCUCAACUACAACAAGGCCGACGACACUCUGAGAAAGGGCCUGAAUGAAACCCGGGCCAAAGAAUGGAACAAUUGGAAGAAGUACUCCAAUAUGAGAACCAUCUCCAAGGAGGAGUUUGCCGAGCUCAAGAGGCAGGACCCGCAGCUUCGGGUUAUACCCACGAGGUGGGUGGACACGGACAAGGCCGAGACCGCCAUGGGCAUCCUCCUCAGCUACGGGGCCGCCACCCAGCGCACCAUCAAGUCCGGUGACAUCUCGGCGGCCUUCCUACAAGGCUCCACUUUGGACCGGAACCUGAUACUCAGCAUGCCAAAAGGUGCACCGCCAGAGGGCAUGAACGAAGACGACCUGGUGAUCGUCUCCACCACAGUCUACGGGACGAAGGACGCACCCCGCGGCUGGUUCAAGAAGCUGGACACUACGUUGCGUCAACAUCACCUUCGGCGAGUUCCCCUGGAACCUGGCUUCUACGUCUUGAACGGCACCGACCAGCAGGGACACACUUACGUCAAGGGUCUUCUUCUGGUGCACGUAGAUGAUCUUUUGUGGGUUGGAGAUGAUGACAUGGAGGCCACCAUGCUGCAGGUCCAACAGCAGUUUCGCUUCGGGUCGCUCGACCAGCAAAACUUUAAGUUCUGCGGCCGUUGGCUGAAGCAAGGACCUCGUGGAAUCGAGGUGAGUUGUCCGGACCUUAUCUCCAGAGUGCGACCGAUACAUCUGGAGGCCCGACGCAAGGGGCAGCGGGACAAUCUCGCGACCGAGAAAGAAAAGUCCCAACUCCGAUCGGUCGUCGGGUCGCUCAACUGGCUCGUCAGGGUUUGCCGCCCAGAUUUGGCAUACUCUGUUUCGAGGUUGCAGUCUGCCGUGAGUAAGCCGUUGGUGCAGGACCUCGUGGAGGCGAACGCUCUCAUCAAACACGUGGCCCGGACAAAGGACCAUGGUUUGCUCUACCCGGCGGCAAAGCUCGACUUCCAGGACCUCGCCGUGAUCGCCGUGCAGGACGCUUCCUAUGCCGCGGAUUAUGACCUCAGUGCCUCGGGAAAGAAGAUGGGAUACAGAAGCCAGAGUGGCAGGAUCCUCUGCCUGGCUUCGCGCGACUACUUGGACACCCUUGAGGGCCAUCUGUACCCGAUCGAGUGGCACUCUACGAUCAUCCGCCGCGUCUGCAAAUCUACUCUUCAAGCUGAAAGCCUCUCCUUGCAACUCGGAGUGGCCGAAGGAGAGCACGCUCGCGCUGUGCUCCACGGACUCUACGAGGACCUCGGAAAGCUGGACUCUGUUGAGUGGGCAGUGGCGGCACAAGACAGGACUCCGCUGCUGUGGGUGACUGACUGCAUGAGCCUGAAGGAGCACCUCAUGAGUCCCUCGGCAGGCUCUGUCAGUGACAAGCGACUGGCCAUAGACCUCAGCUCUCUAAGGCAGGAGCUGUGGCGUGAAGACGGACAGGUGGUCGGAGACCCCUUGUCCAAAGACUUUCCACCAGCAGAGGGCAAGACAAAGCUUCUCUGGACAAGCACGGACAAGAUGCUUGCAGAUGCGUUAACUAAGCGCAUCGUAGAUCACGGUCCUCUUCAGGACCUGAUGCUAGGAAAGUCCGUGAGCUUGGUGCCGACAUCUGACCAGAAAACUAAGAGGGGUGUGAAACUAGAUGAGAUUGACUGA